UUCAACCAAUCAGGGCCCGCUCAUACGGGCAUUGUAUUGGCGCCGACACAGCUAUCCUUACUUGUAGUCCAGGCUAGUGUGUUGUUUUUAUUUACAUAAACGUCCGUGAUGUGAGGACUGGCGUUUUAUAAACCUUUUUCGGCCGGUCGCUCUGGUCGUGUUGGAGUUGUGACUUUCCUCCCGCUGAGUUCGCCAACGCCGCGCUAACUAGCACGCUAAUGCUAACGCUGGCCAACCAGCACCGUUUGGAUGAAGCCUCGUCAGGGUGGAAUUUGUUUUGAAAACAGCCGCCCGCUAACCAAGAGAAGAACCAGCCAGCAUGGCUGUGGCCUCUGCCGCUCUUGUGGACAAAGUCAUCGUCUUGGACUACGAUGAAGAGAACAGCCCACAACAGUCUUCCUCUGCUUCCCCGGAUAAAGCCCCACCGGUGUCCCGCCUCCGAGUCCAGCAGCCCGCCCCGACCCACAUCACGCAGUCCCCUUUUGCUUCGAACAAGCAAAAGCAUGUUCUGCAGGCAGAGAAUGAAAAGUUAUUUUCCGAGUUUGUGGAUCACUGCUCUGCCAUGACCGAAGACUGCCCCCAAGUGUUGACCUUCCUCCAAACCAAGCACGCCAAAGCCUGUCCGGUCUUCCUGUCCUCAGUGGAGUUCCGCAACAGCUUGGGGCGAUGUUUGACUCGCGUCCAGGCCAACCGCUCCAAGACCUUCGUCUACAUCAAUGAACUGUGCACGGUACUCCGGCAGCACGCCGCCAAGCGGAGGCAGACGCUGAGCGCGGUUGACGCUUCCCCUGCUGCUACCUCGGCAUCCGAUUGUCUACCGUCUACCUCGGUCGGGUGCCCAAGCACAAGCCGGAUGAAAGCGGAGUCGUGUGAGCCGGAUGCAGUUGGAGAAGAUGAGAAGCCUUCCACGUCAGGCCUUCAGGAGGACGAGGAGAAGGCGGAGAAAAGGGCGACAAGGGCGUCCAGGAAGCAGAUCGCGUACCUGGAGAGGCUGUUGAAGGUCUACAACGAAGAGAUCUGCCAGCUUCAACGGGCCGAGCUGACUUUAGACGAACUGGGGACUGGUGACUCCUCGUACAUCCAGGAGCACAAGCUCAAGCGCAAGAUGAUGAAGAUUUACGAGAAGCUUUGUGAGCUGAAGGGCUGCGGGUCACAGACAGGCCGAGUCAUCGAGCAGAGGAUCGUCUACCGGAGCACACGCUAUCCUGAGAUCAACAGGAGGAUCGAGCGGUACAUCAACAGUCCCGAGGUCCGCAGGAACCCCCCCGACUACCAGGACAUCCUGCAACAGGUUCUGCUGGCCAGCAAGCGCCACAACCUGUGCCUGAGCAGGAAGCAGCUCAACCAGUUUGCCCAGGAGGCUUUCAGGGAGACCGGUAGCCAGAUCCAGGAGAGGCGCCACUUGGACCUGGUCUACAACUUUGGCUCCCAUUUGACAGACGGCUACGUGCCCGCCAGAGACCCGGCGCUGAUGGACCCCUCAUUGCUGCGGAAGCUGCGUUCGAACCGGGAAGUGGCUCUGAGCCGCUUGGACGACGUCAUCAGCAAAUAUGCCGUCCAACAGGAGGACACGGAGGAUCAGGACAGGAUGAAGCGGCAGGCCAAAGAGGGUCCAAAGGCGGAACCAAGCAAAGCAGUUAAUGGGGUGGCAAAAGAGGACGAAGAGGAGGAUGAGGAUGAAGAGGACAUGUCUUCAGACCCAGACAUCGAGGAAGAGAUCCAGGCCAGCACCCAGCAGGAUGGAGCCGAUGACGAUGAGGACAUAGAGGAGGAUGACAUUAACGAGGCGGAGCAAAUGAGCCAAGGUGCCAACAUGGAGGAGCAGACGAUGCCGGAAAGUGACUCUGCGGCGGCGGCGGCGGCAACAGAAAGCGUGAAAGACGAGGCGAUGACGAGCGAGCCCUCCCCCCUCUCGGACAUCAGCAAGUCGGUUAACUCGCCACUGACUGACGUCACGUCUGCCGGCGCCAGCCCCAGUCAGUCUGAGGCGCCCUCAGCCGACGGCGGCACUAACACGGCCGCCAAGGAGGCGUCGUCAUCGCCGAUGCCCCCGGAGAUGGUAGGAAAGGGUAACUCGCCCGUUUCUAAUGGCACUAGGAACAUAAAGAGGAAGAGGACGGACGUGAGCAACCACAUCAGCUUCAACAACAGCGAUAUGGACGUGCUGCUGGAUAUGGGCGUCAUCUGCGCGUCUCCGCCGCGGGCCGACUGCGACCCUGCCAGUGCGUCCGACUGCGAACUGGUCAGCAGCUCGCAGUCGCCGCCUCCCAAGAAAAACAAGGUCAACGUUGCCACCCAGUGCGACCCUCAGGAGAUCAUCGAGCUCUCAGACUCGGAAUGAACUUUCUUCGCCGGCGGUAACUGUCCUUCCGCCACGUCGUCGUCAAAUAAAAUCCACACUUCUGUCUUUGAGCCUCUCAUUCUGACAUGAGAUCAACUUCCUCUCAGGACACUCAGGACACUUUUUUUUUUUUUAAGUGUCUUUAGCCACCAGCAGGGGGCGCUGCUACAUCAGUUGGUUUACAUUUUUAGACUCUUUUGAAGUCCUGACCUGCUGCUGGCUGCCAUCAUGUGUUCACAGCAACAUUUUUACAAGUUUUCCACCUUUUUUGGUCUCAAGUCUUUUUCGUAGCUCCAGAGCUGAGAGUAAAAAGACUGCCCUUAGCAUCCUUAGCGUAGCACAGAGCAGCAACUAUCAAGUCCAGUCAUCUAUCACUGAAAAAAACAACCCAACAUUUUAUAUUUUCUACCAACUUUGGUUGAAAUGUGUUUUGGAAUAGAUGUAGGCGGUCCACAGUCCUCCCAGACUAUCAUUUUAUAGUAAAAUUAUAAUAAAAGGAUGUUUUUGUAAUAGACAUGUUUUAUUUUUGUGGCAUUUGUCGCCAAUGACGCAUUGACACUUCCAGGCAGACAGUAUUGUUGAAUGGAUGGCCAAAUUACACCCUCAUUUACGAGCAAACUUCAGGUUUUGAUGAUGCACUUGCAGUCCUCAUGUCUGACACCUUGGGGGCGGCAGUGAGCAGCCCAUGUGCAUUUACUUUCCAAUCCAAUACUGAGUAAAACUCAGACUGAUAUUGGUGAUAAAAUACUUUGAAAAUCAAGUAAGGUGUCUGCUUUAAAAUAAU